UCCUCCAUCCAAGAAAAAUUAAAAAAGGAAAAAAUCUGGAACACUGUGUCCGCCCAGAAAUUAACUUCGCGUCGCUGUUCAACCGAAGAUCACCGUCGAAUCCUGAAGCUAUCAAUGCGUUUGAGGGGGAGAGUUUAAGCUGGAAUGGCACGUUUCAUCGGAGCGGUUGAUCAGGCACAUUGUGUUCUAUAUACAUGAUUCGAGUAUAUUCGGAUUUCUGGAAGUCUCUUUAAGCCGUGUGGUCAUAUUGGAUGCUAUUGGUUGAAAAGUAUAGGCUGUGGACUUGUGAUCGAUCAAGGAACAAAAGGCGACCCACCCAUCACCGUUGACAGUGCAUGUACGUAUGUGCUGGAUAUUGUGAAUGAUUCUGAGAGGGUAUGGAAGUUUUUAAGCCUCUAGUCAAGGAUGUUGAAACCAGGCAUCACGCCUUAACUCCAGCUAGGCUUCUCAGGGGUCUGUUGUGCUUGCUGGUGCUUAUUUUAACAGCAUUUAUGAUGUUAAUAUACUAUGGUUUUAUCAGUGCCAUUAUUGUGCGAGUAUUCAGCAUACAUUAUAGCCGGAAAGCCACUUCCUUCUUCUUCGGUUCUUGGUUAGCUUUGUGGCCAUUCCUAUUUGAGAAGAUUAACAAAACAAAAGUUAUUUUUUCUGGAGAAAUGGUCCCGGCAAAGGAACGUGUCUUGCUUAUUGCAAACCAUAGAACUGAAGUUGAUUGGAUGUACCUGUGGGAUCUUGCAAUGCGAAAGGGACAACUAGGAUACAUAAAGUAUAUACUCAAGAGCAGUUUGAUGAAACUACCUGUAUUUGGCUGGGGAUUUCACAUAUUAGAGUUCAUCUCUGUGGAAAGGAAAUGGGAGGCUGAUGAAUCAACAAUGCGCCAAAUGCUUUCAACUUUUAAGGACUAUCAUGAUCCCUUAUGGCUUGCUCUUUUCCCUGAAGGCACUGAUUUCACUGAACAGAAGUGCAUUCGAAGCCAAAAGUAUGCAGCCGAAAAUGGUUUGCCUAUAUUAAGAAAUGUUUUGCUUCCCAAAACAAAGGGUUUCCAUGCAUGCGUACAGGAUUUGAGGAAAUGUCUGGAUGCAGUUUACGAUGUAACCAUCGGCUACAAACAUCGAUGCCCCUCUUUAAUGGACAAUGUCUUUGGAUUGGAACCCUCUGAAGUUCAUAUACACAUCCAACGCAUUCCCCUCAACAACAUUCCAACUACAGAAAAUGAAGUUACCAAUUGGCUGAUGGAUUCAUUCAGUGUGAAGGACCAAUUACUUGAAAAUUUUAGUUCUCAAGGCCAUUUUCCCAAUGAAGGAACUGAAGGGGAUCUCUCAACCAUCAAGUGCUUCGUUAGCAUCAUCACAGUGAUGGUCCUAAUCACCAUAUCUACUUACUUGACAUUUUUUUCGUCCAUCUGGUUCAAAAUCUAUGUAUCCUUGGCCUGCUCCUACCUGGCAUUUGCGACCCGGUUCAACAUUCGACCAAUGCCAAUUUUCAGCCACCGGAAAUCUUCUUGAAACUGUAUCCUUGGCAUGUGUACUGUUCCAAAAUAUCUUACUAACUAUAUGGACCUAUCGAUCAAAUAUUGUAAUAUCAAAAGAUAUUCUCUUCAAUUUA